AUAAAAAUCCAUAUAAAUCUCGAUAAUUUAGAAAUUUACAGUGUGAAUUUUGGUGAACUUUAUUUGCGUAAAGUAUAUAAAUCAUUAGUGUGAUUAUAUUUUGAUCAACCCGUAUUUAUUUUUUCAGCGGUCAGCCAAUAAGCAAAAGCGGCUUCAUCAUGCCUAGAGAAAUUAAGGAUAUCAAAGACUUCCUGCUGAAAGCGCGCAGGAAAGAUGCCAAAUCUGUUAAGAUAAAGAAGAACCCAGAGAAUGUGAAGUUCAAGGUGCGCUGCUCGCGGUUCCUUUAUACCCUCGUCAUCACAGACAAGGAAAAGGCUGAAAAGCUAAAACAAAGUUUACCUCCAGGUCUCCAGGUUAAGGAAGUAAAGUGAGAAGUGACUUAGGAUUAAAUAAAAAAAUCUUAAAAUCA